UCACAAUUUCUGAAGCUUCGGCUGAUUCAAUCCCAUCAACAACUUUCUCUCUCCACCCUCCCCCUCUCUCCGUCUCGGUUUCAACUUUCUACUCAGAGAGCCCACCUUCAGGAAACCAUGAACAGAAGCUUAGAUUACCUCUUCUCUAUAUAUACCAUUCCUCCCCAUUACUCAGAACUCAUCCUCAGAAGCCAUUAACUAGAUCUCAGGUUAUCUCUUUUUCUACUUUUCUCCCCAUUUGGGUUUCUAUUCAGAAUCCAUCUUCGGAGAACUGAAGCUCGGUUUCUACCUGUAUAACAUAUAUACCCAUGUGUUUUCUUAGAUUAAUCUCAUAUGGUUUCUCGCACAUGCUCAUCCUCAUAUAGUUGUUUCUCAGUACGUAUUAAACUGCAUCUUGCAAGAAUGGAAGCUCUUCCAGAUGCCAUUGUUCAAUACAUUUUGUCCCACAUGAGGAACGCGAGGGAUGUAACAAGUUGUGCUUGUGUCUCUAGGCGCUUCAAGGAAUCAAUGUCAUUCGUCCGGAGCCUCUACUUCCCCCGCCAUUGUUUUGAUAACAGUUGCGGUACAGCAGAUUCAGACACUGUCGUGAGCCGGAUGGUCUCAUCAAUAGUCUGGUUGGAAGAGCUCGUGGUCUACUGUCCAUUCUCUAAUGCAGGCCUUGCUUCAUGGCUAUCAAGCACAAGCUGCUCCCUUCGGCAUCUGGAGCUCCGUCUGGACAAUCAGAAUGAUAAGCAUGUCCAGAAUGGGAUGCCAACAAAAUUAGACUGUAUCGGUUAUGCAACAGGAUUGGAAUCAUUGAAGCUUUGGGGCGUGCUCAUGGACCAUUCUCCCAAAUGGGGUGUCUUCAAAAACCUCCAAAAUCUCGAAAUAGUUGGAGCAAUAAUGGAGGACAGAGCUCUUUCUGAUGCAUUUCGUGUGUGCCCAAAUUUAAGGAACUUGUUACUGCGUAGUUGUGAAGGAUUGAGAUCAGUUUCCAUUGAAUUGCAACAGCUGGAGCAGUGUAGGCUGGAGUUCUAUGGCAUGGGAAACUGCUCACUCACUGUCAGCUGCCCAAAAGUUCAGUUAAUUGAAAUCCAAGGUUGCAAUUGGAUUCGAGUUAACCAAACAUCUUGCUUGAGGAACCUCUCAAUCUCGAGCAGUGAAGGUAGAGUUCACAAGGUGGAAUUCGGAAAACUUGGAGCUCUGGAAUUCUUGUCAAUCAAGGGUGUACAGUGGCGUUGGGACGCAGUGAGCACCAUCCUGCAAUGUGCGAGGGAGGUGAAGCACCUGGUUAUGAAAGUGGAGUUCACCGGGAAUUCUGACAAUCCACUACCUUUCCCAGAAGUUGAUUUGGUUGAUUUCUUCAACAGUCAUCAAAAACUGCAGACUUUUGAAAUCCACGGGGCCAUGUUUGCUGCUUUGUGCCAGAAGAACAGCUUAAAGAGCGUGGAUUCGAGGUUUGUUAUUCCCUGCUUGAAAGAAGUGGUGAUCACAGUGAGAUCGCCUCUGAAUGCCCAGCAAAAAAUGAGGACCUUAGGGUCAAUACUCAAAUAUGGAAAGGAACUGCGAAGGAUGGUAAUAAGAAUUAGUCAGAUGAAGAACUUCCAUACCAGCGCAGAUUAUUUCUUUGAGGAGAUUUUUAGGCUCAGAUAUUUGAACAAGAAAGUAGUUUGGAUUGAAUAAUUUUGCAAGAUCUCUCUCCCAUUUAACUUUUUGAUUCAGGUUAUUCUUCUUCAUUAAAGCUUUGACCACUUCGAUUCAAUUGGAAAACAGAUCAUUGUUCACUUGAAUGUUUGCUCCGUUUCUCAAAAUUUCAUGUUUUAUGCUAUCUUUUGUGUACAAAAAUCCGUCUCCUGUCCCAUUUGACAUUGUGAUCUUUAAAAUUGCUGAGCUUUUAUUGCAAGUAAUGUUGACCUAA